AUGUUUGAAGCCAGGCUUAAAAGUUGCAGUACGUUCAAGAAGGUAUUUAGCUACCUCCAGGGACUCAUGGAUGACCUCAAGAUCUCCAUCAGCCCCACAGGAGUCAUCUUCAGUAGUAUUGACAGCACAAAUACUUUGUUGGUCCAAUUGAGCAUUCGGAGAGAGGAGUUUGAGACUUUUGAACUGGAUGAUUCCUUAAAUUUGUGGAUCAAAGCAGUCAAGUUCGAAAAGACCCUACCUUUACUUGGAGACCAAGAUGACAUAACUCUAAAAAUACCUGCAGGGGCAGAGAAACUGACCAUUCUCAGCAAGAGUGAGGGUGGCAAGAGAAAGUUCAACUUUGAGUACCAGUUUGAUGAAGAGCCUGAAGAAGACUUCCAAUCUCCUGAGAUUGCUUAUAAGAACAUCCUCAGCUUCAGCUCCUCUUUUUUCAAAGAGAACAUAUGUGAAAUGAGUAAUCUGGCUGAUAAAUUGAUCAUCUCUGUUGAUGAGCAGCAGGCUAGGCUUCAGUUUGAUCACAAUGGGAAUUUUGGAACGAUAAAUCUGGCUAUCAACAGUGCAAAGUAUCUUGAAGAGGAUGAGGAUUUAACACAUAACAGAACGACUUAUCAAGGUGAGAUAGUAACAAGUUUGAUGUACGACAUCCGGCAUGUGAAGGAGACAACUCGAGUAGCCAAUCUGGCUACCCGAGUUGUACUUAAGAUGGAAGAGGAUUUGCCCCUUCUUGUUGAGUAUCAAUGUGAUGAGUACGGUACAUUACAGUUUUUCCUUGCUCCUUAG